AUGCUUCUGCCUUGGCUCACAGGAUUUGGGGCUGGAUUGCUCUUCCUGCACUUGGUGCAGAAACUUCUGUUCCCGUACUUCUGGGACGACUUGUGGUUCCUGCUGAAGGUGGUUCGCUAUGGAAUUCAGAUGACGAUAUACAAAGUGAGAGGGGAGCUGGUCACUGUGCUGGAUAAGUUCCUGAGCCACGCCAGGAGGCAACCCCAGAAAGCCUUCAUUAUUUAUGAAGGAGACGUUUACACCUACGAGGAUGUCGACAAGAGGAGCAACAGAGUCGCCCAUGCCUUCCUGAACCACUCCUCACUGAAAAGGGGGGAUGUUGUGGCUCUGUUGAUGAGCAACGAGCCCGACUUCAUUCAUGUGUGGUUUGGCCUGGCUAAGCUGGGCUGCGUGGUGGCCUUCCUCAACUCCAACAUUCGCCUCAGUUCCCUCCUGCACUGCAUCAGCACCUGUGAGCCCGUGGCUGUGGUGGUUGGCGGAGAUUUGCUUGGAAGCAUAGAAGAAAUCCUUCCCAGCCUCCCCAAGCACAUUCGUGUUUGGGGAAUGAAGGAUUCUGUUCCACAAGGUGUAGUUUCACUUACAGAAAAGAUGAACUUGGCCUCUGAUGAGCCAGUGCCCACAAGCCAUCAUGUCGCCUCAAGCCUCAAGUCUACGUGCCUGUAUAUUUUUACCUCUGGAACAACAGGUCUGCCCAAAGCAGCUGUGAUUAGUCAGUUGCAGGUGUUGAAGGGAUCCUUUGGGCUGUGGGCUUUCGGCUGCACAGCUGACGACAUUAUUUAUAUAACCCUCCCUCUUUACCAUAGCUCAGGGGCUCUCCUUGGAAUUGGUGGGUGUGUUGAGUUAGGUGCUACGUGUGUGUUAAAGAAGAAAUUCUCUGCAAGCCAGUUUUGGAAUGAUUGCAAGAAGUACAACGUGACUGUGUUUCAGUACAUCGGAGAACUUUGCCGUUAUCUGUGCAAACAGCCUCAGAGAGAUGGGGAAAGGGACCAUCAGGUGCGUUUGGCAGUUGGAAACGGUAUGAGCAGUGAUGUGUGGAGACAGUUUUUGGACAGAUUCGGAGAUAUUAAAAUGUGCGAAUUCUAUGGCGCUACAGAAGGAAACAUCUGCUUCAUGAACCACACGGGGAAGAUUGGGUCAGUCGGGAGGACAAACUUCUUUUACAAGCUCUUUUUUGCUUUUGAGUUGAUAAAGUAUGACUUUCAAAGAGAUGAACCAAUGAGGAACGAACGAGGCUGGUGCCACCGUGUGCGAGAAGGAGAACCUGGACUUCUCAUCUCUCGCGUCAAUACGAAGAAUCCUUUCUUUGGCUACGCUGGCUCUUACAGGCACACGAAAAGCAAGCUGCUUUUUGAUGUUUUUAAGAAGGGAGAUGUUUACUUCAAUACAGGAGACCUCAUGGUCCAAGAUCACGAGAACUUCCUUUAUUUCUGGGACCGUAUUGGAGACACUUUCAGGUGGAAAGGAGAAAAUGUUGCGACCACAGAGGUUGCUGACGUGAUCGGGAGGCUGGACUUCAUACAGGAAGCAAAUGUAUAUGGUGUGUCUGUGCCGGGUUACGAAGGAAAAGCAGGGAUGGCUUCUAUUAUUCUUAAACCAAACAAGUCUUUAGACUUAGAGAAAAUGUACGACCAAGUUGUAACAUCUCUACCGGCUUAUGCCUGCCCACGGUUUUUAAGAAUUCAGGAGAAAAUGGCAACAACAGGGACAUUCAAGCUUCAGAAGAUACAAUUGGUGGAAGAAGGAUUUCAUCCGCUGAAGAUUUCUGACCCACUUUACUUUAUGGAUAACUUGAAUAAAGCUUACGUUCCAUUGACGGAAGAAAUUUAUAAUCAGAUAAUGUUAGAGGAGCUUAAACUUUGAAACCGUUUUUUUAUGGGACUUUGAUGCCUUCCUGGGAAAGAAGAAGGAGGACAAUUGAGCUCUUUGAUUGACAGUCGGGGAGGGUUCCUUCCAUAAGUACACCAUAACUGGAAAGAUUGUACGUAAAGAAUGCAUUUGCUAUACCUACGCUUUCAAGGCCCAUCCUUCUCAGCACCGUGAGUCAGGAGGGAUGCGAUAUUCAGCCCAUCCAUGGUCAUGCGGCUAAGGUGAGAUGCUGCUCACAGCUGCUGCCCAGCAUCUCCAGAAAGUGGCUUACUGCAUAGAAUGGGCCCAAGAGGGGAUCACGGUUCAAAGUACAGUGUUUCCUGGGUACAUUUAGGAAGUAAAACCAAACAGGGCAUAGUAUUAGCACAUGACUCUGAGACUAUAGGAAAUGUGGUGAUUUCCUCUGAAGAGAUGGGGAAGUUGUGUUUCCUUCACUGGCAAACAUUCCUUGAGUUUAAUAAGACUUAAAUUUGCUUUAUCUGGUAUGAACUUUAGCUGAUUGUUUUUUUUUUAAAUUUGAGGGUUCAGUGCAUAACUAAAUACUUGCCUUAAUAGUGAAGAUUUUAAAUAAUACAUAAGUAGUUAACAGUUUAGCCACUUAAAAUACGUUCUAAUAUGUGAAGAUUCUAGUUUCCGAUGAACAGUAAAAUUUUUACUCAGCCUAUUUUUAUAGGCUCU